CAACACAGCACUGUAGCGUGUAUGACUCAAAAUGAAUAAAAAAAGUAGUUAAAACAGUGUGUUUGUGCAAGUAGCUACACACUGGUUUGUUUACAGCCCUGUCUUCCGGUAGUCCAAACAAGUCGAUCCGUCGAGCUUGCGCUUACUCCCUCACUGACAGAGACGAAAACUUGAAUUUUUGCAUAAAGAAACGUAUUCCAGCAUUUUUGUUUUUCUGUUCAUACAUUACUGACCCUGUAAGAACAUUGGUAUGUUUGGUCAUGAACCUAUUCACUCUGCACUGAAAGCUCGCUUGUCUACGCAUGCUCAUGGUUCUUGCAGAGAGGAGAACCUCGUUUGUCAGUGAAGAUCGACGCAGAGCUUUGAUGGGAUUGCAGCAGGUCUAUUUCGUGAAAAUGGUUCGAGUCUGUGCAGUGCCCAAUUGCGACAAUAAAAUGAAGAAGUAUAAUCGUCUAAGCUUUCAUCGUUUGCCUCUCUAUGACCCCGAAACAUUGCCUUUGUGGCUGGUCGUUCUUCAAAUUGACGUGCAAACUCCGUUUCAAGUUCUCAGAAAAAGGGACUACAGAGUGUGCAGCGAACACUUUGAUGAAGAUGACUUCAGUCCGACCAGUGAAAAAUGUCGACAUUUGAAGAAAAAUGCGGUUCCAAGACCUGUAGCAAUUACAACUGAGCAGGACAACUUGGAAAGGGACAGACCACCACACCAGAUCGGAGACACGGUUUCUGAUGUUGUCCAGCCUGGUGAAGACAGCUUGUCCGAGACCACCUAUAAUACACCUGAGACGUCCACUGCAACAAUGGAGAAAGCACCUCUGCAGCACAUUGUUGACAAAGAGGCCAUCCUGCAGCUGAUGAAGAAUUGCCCGAUGUGCGACAGAAAGUGCCGCUGUACCAAACACAGUCGAGGUCCUUACUUCAUAGUUUACCAGAGCUGUUACUUCUGCCAUUAUCAACGCAAGUGGGCCAGCCAGCCUGAAGCUCUAAACAUGAACAUUAAUAAAGCACACACAGGGCCCAAGGGGAAAAAUCAGCCAAAAGAGAAGGUGUGUGUAAAUGCCAAAGCUAAGUCAUCACAGCUCAAAAAGCUGAAAAAGCUUACAUGACCCAUUAAGGACUUGAGGAGCCCAGUGUUAACUGUGGCUUACAUGAAUCUUGGGCGCAGAACUAGUGUCAGAUGUGCCUUAAAGUGGAGCAUUAUAAGGCAGCUGGAUUUGCUUAAUGAUGACAAACAAAACUAUAAAGAAGAAUUGCCCCUGAGUUUACUUAUUGAGUUGGAAAGAAGUGCCAGCUGGUGCCAGCAGUGCAGAACACACAGCAAAAAGAGCGCUGACAGACAGCCAUGAUGUUGACUGACAGCCAACUGUUGUCCUGGUGUAUCAGGACGUUCGGUAAACUGAGAGGAAUUGCUCAGCAGUCACAAUCACUUACUAUUUCACUUUGGUAUGUUUAGGCUUACUUUCAUCGAAGCUGGAAGCAUUUUUGUUUAAUGCCCUUAUAUAUUGUUCCUUGUUAAAGUGACAAUCUCUGUAUAUUUUUAUUUCAAUAAAAGCUGCAGUCUGUAACUA